AUGGCAUUAAUUCAACGGUAUUCAACUGAACUUUCAACACAUGCUACUACUACUAAUAAUAAUACAUCAAUUGCACAUGUUGCUGAUGAUAUAGCAUCUAUAAAAAAACAUGAUGAAGAUGAAAAACGUUAUUUUCAUUCAUUAAAUGAUCGUCUUGAAGAAUUUCUUCGUAGUUUAAAUGUUCUUGAAUUAGCAAAUAAAAAAUUACGUGAUGAAUUAAAUUUAUUAAUAACAAGUUGGGGAAUAAGUGGAGAAAAUCGUGCACGUUUUUUACAAGAACUUGAUCAUUUAACAAAACAAUUAUCUGAACAUAGUCGACGUAAAGUACUUCUACAAGCUGAAACAAAAAUUUUCGAAGAAGAAACACAUUUAAUUGAUCGUGUUACAGCUGUUUUUAUUGAUGUAAUUCAUUUAUAUGAAGAUAAAAAACAAAUCUUAUUUCAUUUAAUACAACAAUUAGAAGAUGAAUAUCAUAAAAUUAAACUUCGACUUGAUAUAAGUAAUACACAAGUUAAAUCUUGUGAUGAUGAUUAUCAAAAAGAAGUAGCUAAAUUUCGUACCUAUCUAGCUGAAUGGUCACAAAUCGCAUUAGAUAAACAAAAAUUAAUAAUUGAAAUUCAAACACUCAGAGAACAUUAUAAUCUUCGUUUAGCUUAUAAUCAAGAAGAGAUUAAUGAAUGGAAACGUUUAUUAAAUCGUAUAUCACAAGAAUCAAAAAAUUUUUAUAAAGAUUAUUUAGAAACAAUAAAACAACAAAUAUAUAGUGAUUAUGAAAAAAUGGCAAAAGAACAACAAAUGGAUGUUGAAAUGGAAUUAAAAACACGAUUAACAGAAAUACAAGAAAAAAUUAAUAUGGGUGUACCUCUUGAUGAAAAUGAAGAACGACGUCGUCGUGAAGAAACUCAUCGUUUUGAAACUCGUCUUAAUGAAUAUACACAAGAACAUGAUCAUCUUCAAUCUGAUUUUAGAAAAUUAGCUGAAGAAGCUCAACGUAAACGACGUUUAUUACAAGAUCUUGAAAAUGAAGCAAGAAAUAAAGCACGUAAACAUGCUGAACAACAUGCUCGUCUUGUACAAGAUACUGAUUUUACACGUGCAGAAUAUUAUGCAUUAAAAGAUGAAUUAGAUAAAAUGGCGUAUACACUUCGAUUUAGUAUUGAAGAAGAAUUAAGAAUUUAUGAAACUUUAUUAAAUUCAUUAAAUCGACAAAAAGAUGAACCACGUCCAUCUAUUGAUGAAUCAACUGGUUUUCGACAUACAAAAACGACAACAACAACAACAAAAACAAAAGCGGAUACAGGUGAUGAUGUAAUAAAAUAUCGACAACCAUCAAUAUCAACAGUAACAUAUAAUGAAAAUACGGAUCAAAAUCGAUUUGGUAUUGCACAAAGUAUGCUUAAUCAAAAUCAAACAACAACAAAAACAACAACACGAACAACACGACGUGGUGGUGGUGGUGGUCAAGAAUCGGAUGGACGACAACAACAAAUAAAUGUUAAAAUGGAACAAAUGGAACAAGAAGUACCUGAACUUAAUGAAAAAUAUAUGCAAAGUAAAAUUCAUAUUACACGUAAAUAUAAAGGAAAUGUUCUUAUAAAAUUCGUUGAUGUUGGUGGUCGUUUCGUAGAAGUUGAAAAUACCGGUAAUCAUACACGUGAUUUAACUGGAUGGUAUAUUGAACGAGUUGUUGAUGGUCGACAUAUUAAUUAUAUGUUUCCUAAUUUUGAACUUGAUUCACAUAAAACAGUUCGAAUCUAUGGAAAUUAUCAUCAACGAUCUGCACCGAUCCCCGCAGAUGAUUCUUAUGUACAACUUAUUGCAUCAAAUUUUUAUGAUUGGGGUACAGGAAGACAAAUGCGUACUGAAUUGUUUAAUCGUGAUGAUGUUGGUAAAGCAUUAUUUGAACAAACAAUAAAAGAGUAA